AUAAAGCAGUCCAGUUGCCUAGAAAUAAAUAAAGCAAAGUUCAAUUGAAAAUUAACUUACAUCGAAAUUAAAAUUCAAAAUCAUGAAAUUAUUUCUCUGUCUGCUGUGCUGCUUUUUGGCCUUCUUGCUGGCCAACCCAGAGAAAACUGAAGAGCGAUGCAUGUUUAAGGCGGAUGCCGGUCCGUGUAAUGCCAAGAUCACAAUGUUUGCCCAUGAUCCCUUCGAAGCAGACACAUCGCACAUUAAUUACGAAUAGUAAGUAAUAACUGGAUAAACUGCUGAAGUCAAGUCACACAGCUUGUGUGGAGUGUUUGCGUGGGCGUGCAGCGUCUGAAUUACAACAAUCAAAGCAACAAUGUUAGCAACAACAACAACAACUGGACAACAACAGACAUGAGCAACAUGCGACGUGCGCUGGCUUGAUGCCAAUUUCGUGUGGAUCCCAAGUUGCCAAGAGACUCAACCCCAGACAAAAAUACCAAUAUGAAUACGAAUACGAGUAUGAAUAUGAGUGCUGAGUGCCUCGUACUCGUACUCGUAGUCGUACUCACAUGCAUGUGAACGUGUUUAAACAAAUACAAUUUGCAAUUAUAUGGCAAGCAAAUCAAGUAGAAAUCAGCAUGCGAUUUCCACCUGUGACCGGCGUCAUAAUUCGUGGCUGUGUUUUUGGUCAUAAAU